AGUGUCAUCAUAUCCCAAAGUACAUAGUACCGUUGUUUACCUUAUAAUUAUUCCGUCAAGGAUACCCCUAAUUUGUCAUUUCCGAUAACUAAUUAACUUAUUUUCGUUUUGGCCGUCAAGCAUUCUUACUAUUAUUCACUAUUCAUCGAGUAGGUAAUAGAGAACUUAUCGCUUAUCCACUAGUUACAGUAGUUCAUUCACUCGAGUCACUAAUUUAGAAGUAAAAAUUUGUUAAGUGGCAAUAUUGACGCUUCCGUACAGUGAGAACAGCGGUUAAUAUGUUUGAAUUAUUGAUAGUUACAGCAUUGUGCUUUUUUGGUGCACACAGUCAAGUGCUGAACACUGGGAAGUGUCCUAAAAUCGAGAGUGUUCAGCAGGAUUUCGAUUUGAAUAAGUAUCUAGGCAAAUGGUACGAACAAGAAAAAUACUUCACAAUUUUCGAACUAGAUGGAAGAUGUAUCUCAGCAACAUACUCCUUAGCUGAUGAUGGAACAGUCAAAGUUCUGAACCAGCAGAUUGACAAAUUGACAAAUAAGACCAGAUCCAUUGAGGGGUCUGCAAAGCCACAAGGAGAUGGUAAAGAGGCAAAAUUGUCAGUGAACUUCGGCAAUUUCGGGAAUUUACCGAUUCACAUCGAUGCACCUUAUUGGAUCCUUGAAACAGACUACGUAAGCUAUGCUGUUGUUUGGUCAUGCACGGAUUUUGGAAUAUUGAGCACAAAAUUUGCAUGGAUUCUCACGAGAGAACGAAAUCCACCAUCGGAAGUGUUAGAGAAAAGUCAUGCAGUAUUCGAUAAAUUCAACUUGAACAAGAAGAGUUUGCAAAAAACAGACCAAGAAAAUUGUCCGGAGGAUAUAUGAGAAGAACAACAGAUCAAGUUACAUAAUAAAAUUAUUUGAUUUAUUUGAUAUGCCUGGAAACUUCAAUGAGUAGAUAUCUUUUACAAAGCAAUAAUGAAUAUAAUGAAAAUAAACUCCA